AUGGAGGAGGUGAUGGAGGAGGUGAUGGAGGAGCUGAUGGAGGAGGUGAUGGAGGAGGUGGUGGAGGAGGUGAGGAGGAGCCUCACCACGACCACCGACAAAUACCCCCGCGGAUCCAUAGAAGAUGACUUCAACUACGGGACUAACGUGUCCACGGCCUCGGUCCAGGUCCGGAUGGACUUCCUGCGUAAAGUGUACAGCCUCCUGAGUUUGCAGCUGCUCCUGACCACAGCCACAUCUGCCCUGUUCCUGCUCUGUGCCCCACUGAAGGAGUAUGUACACAACAGUCCCGCUGUGGUCCUGGUCUCGGCUCUGGGCUCGCUGGUCCUGCUCCUGGUUCUGUUCAUCUACCGGCACCAGCACCCAGUGAACCUGUACCUGCUGCUGACGUUUACGCUGCUGGAAGCUGUCUCUGUGGCCACGACUGUGACCUUCUAUGAUUACUCCACGGUGCUGCAGGCGCUGGUUCUGACCUGUGCCGUGUUCGCUGGACUCACCGCCUUCACCUUUCAGUCCAAGAGGGACUUCAGCAAACUGGGCGCAGGACUCUUCGCUGGCCUCCUCAUCCUCCUCAUCGCAGGCUUCUCCAGACUGUGGUUCCAGUGGGACUCCUCAGACCUCCUCUUCUCCUCCUUGGGAGCCUUCCUGUUCUGUGGCUUCAUAGUCUUCGACACCUUCUCUCUGAUGAAGACGCUGUCUCCAGAGGAGCACGUUUUAGCCUCAAUCAACCUGUACCUGGACCUCCUCAACCUCUUCAUGCACCUCCUCCGCCUCCUGGAGGCGCUCAAGAGGCACUGA